ACGCUUCCUCGCUGCUUCCGGUGUGAUCUGUGAUUGCCUGAAGAGCAAGAUGAUGUCCAGUCGGAGGAUCGAGUGCGUUUUCUUCAGUGAGUUCCAUCCGACCCUCGGCCCCAAGAUCCGUUACCAGGUUCCUGAGGAGUACAUCUCACGGGAGCUGUUUGACACCGUCCAGGUUUAUAUAAUCACCAAACCCGAGCUCCAAAACAAGCUGAUCACAGUCACCGCCAUGGACAAGAAGCUGAUCGGUUGCCCGGUGUGCAUCGAGCACAAGAAGUACAGCCGCAACGCCUUGCUCUUUAACCUGGGCUUCGUGUGUAACGCCAGGGCCAAGACGUGCGCGCUGGAGCCCAUCGUCAAGAAGCUGGCGGGAUACCUGAAGACGCUGGAGCUGGAGUCCGGCUUCAUCUCUAAUGAGGACAGUAAGCAGCGGCUGGUGCCCAUCAUGAGUAUCCUGCUGGAGGGGCUGAACUCCACCGGAGAAUGCUCCCUGCCUAUAGAUGAAAGUAACACCAUGCACCUGAAGGUGAUAGAUCUGCGUGCGGCGCCCCCCACAGCCCAGGAGUACGACGUGCCCGUGUUCACAGAAGACAAGGAAGAGUUCUGUAAUGCACAGUGGGAUCUGACAACACAGCAGAUUCUUCCGUACAUUGAUGGUUUCCGUCACAUCCAGAAGAUCUCGGCUGAGGCCGAUGUGGAGCUGAACCUUGUACGGAUAGCGAUCCAGAACCUUAUGUAUUAUGGGGUGGUGACUUUAGUUUCCAUCUUCCAGUACUCCAAUGUGUAUUGCCCGACGCCCCGGGUGCAGGAGCUGAUUCACGACAAGGCUCUGCAGGAGGAGUGCGUCUCCUACAUCAGUAAACCAGGUCUAAAGCGGCCAAGUCUGCGCGACGUCUUCCAGCUGUACUGCGGCCUCAGCCCCGGCACCACUGUCCGCGACCUUAUCGCCCGUCACACACAGCAGCUGCAGAAAGUGGAUGAAAGGAAACUCAUCCAGUUUGGGCUGAUGAAGAAGCUGAUCCGAAGACUCCAGAAAUACCCGGUGAAAGUGUCCCGCGAUGAGCGCAGCCCCCCUGCUCGCCUCUAUACUGGAAGCCACAGCUACGACGAGAUCUGCUGCAAGACAGGAAUGAGCUACCGAGAGCUUGAUGAGCGACUGGACACCGACUCCAACAUCAUUGUGUGCAUGAAGUAAAGGGAGCGGAGGCGAGCAGGAGAACCGCGGGAGCGGAGGCGCGCUGAGCAGGAGAACCGCGGGAGCGGAGGCGUGCUGAGCAGGGGAACCACGGGAGCGGAGGCGCGCUGAGCAGGGGAACCGCGGGAGCGGAGGCGCGCUGAGCAGGGGAACCGCGGGAGCGGAGGCGGGCUGAGCAGGGGAACCGCGGGAGCGGAGGUGCGCUGAGCAGGGGAACCGCGGGAGCGGAGGAUGCCUCGCACACGCCAGCCACAGAUACGGAUGUUUCCUGCCCCUCUUAAUAAUAAGGAUUUACAGCUAAGGGUUGUCUUCAGCGUUUGUUCAGUCAGUAUACAGAUAUGUGGGGGGGGGUCCUAUACUGCUCCUCGGAAUUACUGCGAGGCCUUCUGCACAGAUGAGUGGUGGAUCUUGGGGGGCAGUACCGACAUCCCACCAGCCUGCAGGAUGUUACACUGAUGGAGUGAACGCAGCUUGGCUAAUGUCCCUAGUCAGGUGCACUCUCUCUGUGAACUGGGUGGGGCGGCUGCUCUCUCUCGGUGAACUGGGUGGGGCGGCUGCU